AUGAGGUGGAAAUACGCAUAUUGGUUUUUGAUCGUUACUUUUCUUGUAAUGAUAUUUGUUUCAUUAAUUUCUAUUAGUGUAACUAUGUAUCUUAAUGAACUAAGAAAUCAGACUGUGGCAAUAUGUUCCGUGGACUCGGCAUUAAAUACAUCGGCCAGCGAUACGGAUGAAAAUUACAACUGUUCAAUAUCAGACAGCGAUCAAAGUAUCGAUAACAAUACACAGAAGCCUGUUGGUGAUGGUCUUAGUGACAAUAAUGAUAAAAUUAUAUUGAGAGCCGAUAUUCAUUCCGCGGAUUCCGCAUCAACGCCGAUCAAUAAAACCGGCAGAAUUGAUAAUCAUAUUACAUCAGAAACUAGUCAGAGUACGAAUAAAACAAAAAAAGAUUUAGUUACUGACCGUAAGGAUGAUAUCGUUGAUCAAAACAAAAAAGAUUUAACAGAACAAUCGACUCCGACACCAGAUAAGUCAAUUCAAUGGCUUGACAUUAACAAUUCCGACUGGAUUUUACCUAUUUUUUACAGAAACAAAUCAGAUACUCCAUCAAUAUGGAAAUAUGGUUGCAUGGGGAUAUUAAUUCAUCCAAAAGCAGUUCUUACCGUUCGUUUUGCUAUAAAUAAAUCAAAAGAGGUAGCUCAUGCUGUUGGAAUAUUUGACCGAACGAAGGGUCGUAAUGAAAUUGAUGUGAACUAUGAUCAACUGUAUGACCCACUAAAGUUUACGAGUGCUUCACCUUACAAAUUAUUAGAGUUUUCGUACACAUUUAAUAACAAAACAAGGAAUGAAACAAAAUAUGAGCUAGGUUUGUUUAUGAUGAUAAUGAAAGAAGCGAUAAAUUCCAUCAAACCCGUGGAUGUUUCUCAGACGUCAUUAAUGCCUUUGCAGGACAUGUUCGAUGAGAAGAUUAUAAAAGAGUGCGUUCACGUGACAUUCGUGGAGAAUUUUGACACCCGUCAUUUUGAAGAAAAAAAAAUUUCUGAGAAACUGAUGAAUCGUUCAGCGAUGGUCGAAAGCUACACAGCAACAUACAAAGACAAAUGUGUUAAGCUGUGUGAACUUAUGUCGGUUAAUUACAUCCCAGAAUCGAACGUCUUUGGUACUGUCGACAGUUUGAAGUUUGACGAUAAAAGUAAAAAAUUCAAGCUGCUUGGAAGUCCACUGGCUUGCAGGCUUGUCAGUGAUGGGCCUGAUAGUUAUUCGUUCGCGGGAAUACUGAUAAAUUCGUUUUAUACUGGAAUGUAUGAAUAUACAAAUGUACAUCAUGAGCUUAAGUGGAUUCAACAAAAACUAAAAAAAAUUGUAGUGUAG